AUGUCAACAACUUGCAAACGUACGAAGAAAAGACUGCUCCAAUCAAAUAACAUACAAGAAAGUGACUAUAGGCAAAGUUCAAGGGAAAGCUUCCAGCCUGAGACCGAUGAUGAAUAUAAUGAUAUUGCUUCGAAAGAGGAUAUUGCAGAUUCAAUACAAUUUAAUAGCAUGGAAGUGGAAGAAGUGGAAACAUUAAAUAUUCGAUAUAGAUCCAAGACUAAAAGUCAUGAUACACAAUCGAAAUCUAUAUCUUCAAAGUUGAACGAUAUUUUUCAAUCUCCUUUCAUGUCUAUAAAUUCGUCGUAUGCUGCCUCAUCUAGCAGUUAUACAAGAUCCUCAACUCCGCAACCUCAAACAAUAACUGAAAAUCAUGAUACAACUUCUUUUUGUUCGCCGGUUGAUUCAAGGCAUUCUACUCCUUCAUGGCCUGUCGGACCAAAUUCAAAUGAUUUUAUAGGCUCUGAACAACGAGAAUUUAAACAGGCAAAAAUCAUUAAAUCGUGUAGGAAAAACAACGUGAAUCACUGUGAAGAACAAUCGCAACCAACUCAAAAUGAUGAAAAAACAGAUCAGGAAGUUGAAAAGGUUAUUAUGGCGAUCAAUCAUAAACAACGUAAACUGGGAUGUGCUUAUUAUAAUUUGGAAACUUGUAAAUUAUAUCUUAUGGAAGACAUGGAAGAAUCUCCGCCAUACGAUUUAGUAAAUUUAUUACGCUAUCAAAUUUUACCUUCGGUUAUCAUAACAAAUUCUUGUGCAGAUGAUGAUUUUAUCGAAGUUCUAAAAGCGCAAGAUGACUCUAUUCCCUUUGAAACUGAGCUUGUUAUUCGACCAAGCUCUGAAUUCUUGUAUGUUUCAGCAAAGACGAAAUUAUUAUCGAUUCGUUUAGGCGUCCAAAACCAUGUGAAUUCAAUUAUCGAAUCCGAUAAGAGAGAGAUGUACCUUAAAUUAUCAAGUAUUUUGAAUAUGGAAAGUGUUGAAACUAUAUGCUGUGCUGGCGCGUUAAUAGGUUAUAUUUCAAGGAUCGAAUUAACAGGUGGAUUACAAGUAGAAGUCGCAGGAAUUGAACAAUUCUCUUUGAAACGAUUCUUGCAUAUAAAUGCAGACGCAUUGUGCUCGCUCCAAAUCUUCGAAGAUGAAUCGCAUCCAAACAUGCAUAUGCAAGCGAAAAACAAAGAAGGAUUAUCUCUUUUCGGCAUCCUCAAUAAUACACGAACUUCACUUGGAAAGAAAAUGUUUAAGCAAUGGUUCCUUAGACCGACUCUUGAUCUAACUGUCAUUGGAGAAAGACAGCAUACUAUCGAACAUUUUUUAAAACCAGGCAAUUUGGAAUAUGCAGAACAAUUGGUUUCUUGUCUUAAAAAUAUAAAGAACAUUCCAAGAAUUAUUGAUAAUAUGAAAAGAAAUAUGAAAGUCAAAGAUUGGCAAUCCUUGUUGCAGUUUGCCUUUUAUUGCCUAAAAAUACGUAAUAUCGUACGUGAAUCAAAUCAAAGCGAAAACAUACCAAUUUUUACCAAGAUUAGAGAAACUUUCGUAGUAUCCGAUUUGAAAAACAUUGGAUCAUAUAUAAAUGAUGUGGUUGAUUUCGAUGAGAGUGUCGAAGAAAAUAGGAUCGUAAUCAAACCACACAUCGACGAGAAACUUGAUUAUAUGAAAAGAACUUAUGACGGAUUAAAUGAACUUUUGUCUGAUAUUGCACGCGAAAUUAGCACAAAUAUACCCACUGAAUUUUCAUCCACGUUGAAUGUAAUAUAUUUUCCUCAAUUGGGAUAUCUCAUUACAGUUCCAUUAAAACCCGAAUGGAAAGAAGAAGAAGAUUUUAAAAUUGAUGGAUUAUAUUAUCAAUUCAGUACGGCUACUACUGUCUAUUAUAAGAAUGACAAGAUGAAAGAACUCGACGCAUUUUUUGGAGAUAUACAUGGACUUAUUGUUGAUCGAGAAAUUGAAAUAAUGCAAAAACUUCAAGAGCAUAUAUUAGAAUAUGUCCCGUUAUUAUUAGACGCUACAGAAGUUUGCGCAGAGCUUGACUGUUUACUUUCGUUAACGGAAUGUGCAAGAAAAUACAAAUAUUGUCGACCCCGUGUUGUGAAUGAGAAUGUUCUAGAGAUCGAGAAAGGAAGGCAUCCUUUACAAGAACUUUGUGUCGAUGUUUUUGUGGCCAAUGACACAAAAAUUGCUGGUGGAAAUGGUAUAACAAGUGAAAAUGAUAACAUGACAGAUGAUCCUACAACGAGCUCUGAAAAGGUCGCAUAUAAAAGUGUAAUGCUGCUUAGUGGUGCUAAUUUCUCUGGUAAAAGUGUAUAUUUGAAACAAGUAGCGUUAAUAACUUAUAUGGCACAUAUUGGAAGCUUCGUUCCAGCAGACUCGGCUACUAUUGGCUUAACCGACAAAAUUUUUACUCGUGUUCAGACAAGAGAAACUGUAUCAAAGAUUCAAAGCGCGUUUAUGAUAGAUUUGCAACAAAUAUCAAUCGCACUUCGUAACUCAACAUCAAGGUCAUUGUUGAUAUUCGAUGAAUUUGGAAAAGGAACAGGUUCGACAGAUGGAGCGGGGUUAUUCUGUGGUGUGGUAGAAUAUUUGUUAAAUCUCGGAAGAGAUUGUCCGAAAGUUAUUGCCGCAACACAUUUUCAUGAAAUAUUUGAAAAUAAUAUCCUUUCUCAAACCUUACCUAUUACAUUAAAUACGAUGGAAAUCAUGAAAGAAGAUGAGCAAGAAGAAUUAACUUUCCUAUACCGUCUUAUGCCAGGUCGCAGCACUUCUUCUUGGGGAACAUUUUGUGCAGCUCUUGCAGGUGUACCUUCUCCUGUAAUUAAAAGAGCUUCUCAUUUAUCACAACUUUUUGCCCGAUACGAAUCUAUUCCAUCACCUUUUGAUGAUGAUCGCGAACGUCGAGCAUAUGCCACUCGUGAAGAAGUGGCUAGAAAAUUUGUGAAGUUGGAUUUCGUAGAGGAUGAAGACCUCGAAAUCUUUUUCGAAUUGGUGGAUGAAUUGACUAGAUAG